CUACCUUACGACGACUUGACUUUACGGGAAAUUUGAUAGAAGACAUAGAAGAUGGUACUUUUUCAAAACUUUCUCUUUUAGAAGAACUUAUACUUGCUGAAAAUCAACUACUGAAACUUCCAGUUCUUCCCCCAAAGCUCACUGUAUUUAAUGCAAAAUACAACAAAAUCAAGAGUAGAGGAAUCAAAGCUAAUACAUUCAAAAAAUUGAAUAAUCUCUCUUUCCUCUACUUGGACCACAAUGCCCUAGAAUCUGUGCCUCCUAAUUUACCAGAAAGUCUACGUGUAAUUCAUCUUCAGUUUAACAACAUAACUUCAAUUACGGAUGAUACAUUCUGUAAGGCUAAUGAUACCCGGUACAUUCGGGAGCGGAUUGAAGAGAUUCGCCUGGAGGGCAAUCCAAUCAUGUUGGGAAAGCACCCAAACAGUUUUAUUUGCUUAAAAAGAUUACCUGUAGGAUCAUACUUUUAAUUUUUUUCAUAUUACUAAUGCAAUAUGAAAGCUGAAGCACACACACUUAUAAUCUGUCUCAACAAUGUCUAAAGGAACUUAAGUAUUGGAUUAAUAUUAACUUUUUAUCUCACUAUGAAGGAAUUUUGUGUUUUAAACAAAGAAGUUCAAAAUUCUUAUAUAUAACAAGCAAAAAGUAAGAAUGAAUUUCUAAGUUCAAAACUAAGUAAUGUGAAAAUAUUUAAACAGCCUUAAAAACUCCUCGUUACACUAGACUACUAUUUAAAUGGCAUGUUUAAUGUAAAUGUUCACAUUUGAGGUGCAUUAUUUCAAUCACUAGUGAAGUAAGACAAGUCCAAUUAACUUCCAAUUGUUUGUCUUUGCUGGCCUUUACUGUAUCUCUGAAGCAUUUAAGACAGAUGUUCCAAAAACUUUGAAAAGCUAAUAUUUCCAGUGUUUUCCCAUUUUUGUUUUAUG